GCGAAUUAUGGUGGACGCUCCAGUUUGACAACACCCGAUAUAAACAGUAGAGAUUUGUGCAAAAUACUCUGCUCAGCCACCACUUACUCAUCUAGGAUCAGUUCAGUUGAAUCCUUUGAACCUAAGGGUUCGUUUCAUACCAUUUAUAGUAAAAUCAGAGACCGAGGAGUGUUGUAAACAUGGUUGAUGUUGGUGAUAAGGUCCUCUCCAGGCAGGGUCAUGCUGCCAUGUCCAUGGGUGUAGGGAGUGCUGAUAGAUGGAUAGAAAUUCAGAAAAACACUUUUACAAAUUGGGUAAAUGAACAGCUAGCAUCACGAGAUCUUUGUGUGAAGGAUAUUCUGUUGGAUCUUUGUGACGGAGUGAAGUUAGUGGCACUUGUGGAAUGUCUCCAGCAGAAGUCGCUGGGCCGAAUCGUGAAGGAGCCAAAAAACCCGCAUCAGCAACUUGGGAAUGUUUCAGUAGCUCUCAAGGCUCUUGAGGAUGAUAAGAUUAAACUCAUUAAUAUUGGUAGUGAAGAUGUCCUGGGCGGGAAUUCCAAACUCAUCCUCGGGCUCAUGUGGCACAUGAUCCUGAGGUACCAGAUUGGCAAAUCGAAAGCGCCGCCCAAGAAAUUGAUGCUCGCGUUCCUCAGGGCGGCCAUUCCGGAUUGUAAGAUAAGGAAUUUUACGACGGAUUGGAAUGAUGGUGUGGCGCUACAUGCCCUGCUUGAAUACUGUCGUCCUGGUCUGGCGCCCGACUGGAGGAAACUGGACCGCAGCCAGCGCCUGCAGAACUGUCGCAAUGCCAUGAUGUGCGCCAAAGAAGAAUUUGCCAUCCCCCUCGUAUGUCGUCCAGAGGAUAUGUCCAGUCCCGAUCUUGACGAGUUGUCCGGUAUGACGUAUUUGUCAUACUUCAUGAAACAUGAUUCUCCUGGUUACAAUGCCACGAUGCGGUUGACCCAGUCCAUGCUGCCACACCACAAGAUUAACAACUUCCAGACUGAUUGGAAUGAUGGUACUCUCCUGUGCCAUUUGUGUCAUAACCUCGGGGCAACCAUCCCCGGAUACCCCCAUCUUGACCCCCAUGAUGCUUUGGAGAAUUUAAAAAAAGCUCUGGACGCUGGUCGCAGCCUCGGAGUGGAACCUGUCCUGUCCGCUAAAGAACUCGCCGACCCCGAAGUGGACCACAUAGGUCCGAUGGCGUACUGUGCAUACUUCAAGAAUUUCCACAAACCCACGGCGGUGGUUGACAAGUGCCACCUGGUGGGCGACCCAGAAACGAUACAUGUGGGCCAGGGAAAACUGUGCAAACUGGACAUCCUCGAGAAUGACGUUAAUAAGGGCCAAAUAAAGUUCAUGGUUGUGACCCCCACUCAGUCCAAAGGCCUCUCUCCACACUGGCACGGCAAUUAUGCUGAAAUUCAAUUCCAACCGACAGAAACGGGCGUCCAUCACAUCCAUGCCAGUCUUCAUGGCGAGAAUGUCAACGGAAGUCCUAUCACCUUCAAAGUAGCUGCUGACCGGAGCAAAUUCUCAAUGCCAGGACUUGGGCCCUGUGUCAUUGGACACGUUAAUGAAAUCAGGAUUGAUGCCCAGGGAACAAGUCAGUCCGAUGUAUGUUUUGAAGCCAAAGCACCUAGUGGACGCAUCAUCGACCUUCCUGUGUCUUACGAGAAUGGCGUCUAUGUGAUACGAUUUACGCCAACGGAAAUAGGCGACUGGGAGCUGGGCAUGAAAUACGAAGGGCAGCACAUCCCCGGCAGCCCGAUGGUUGUGCGUGUGUUUGAUCCGAUGAGAGUAGAGGUGUUUGGAUUGGAACAGGCCAAUAGCUUUGUGGGCAAAUCUUUCGCAUUCCGAGCCGACUGCAGCAGUGCUGGUUAUGGCGAACUCAGGGUCGAAAUUCAGCACAACCGUCAACAAAUCCAAGCAAAUGUCGAACGAGAGGUCGCGUCUGGUAUCUACAAGAUCCACUUUACCCCUGACGGACCGGGAAGAUACCUUGUCAAAGUUUAUUUCAAUGGUAUCGAGGUUAAAGGAUCUCCGUUCAGCAUGGAAAUAGCUGAUCCCUCGUCCAUGCGUGUCGAAGGCCGCGGCCUCCAUCGUGCCAUAUGUCUGCAGAAUAGCUUCUUCAACAUCCAUGCAAGCGGCGCCGACCCCCACGCCCUGAAGGUCAUCGUCACAUCGCCCACAGGAGGCCAAGUCACCUCUCAUAUCCACCAUGAGUCAAAUGGACUGUAUAAAGUGGAGUACAAACCAACAGUAGCAGGUCGCUAUAAGAUCGAUGUGUUGGUUGGGUCGAUAAGGAUUGGCGAUACCUAUUAUGUUGAUGUGUGCGACCCCAAGUACUCUGCUGUUGUGAGGUCAGAGUCGACGAUCAUCAAGGAGACGGCCAGAAUUGAGGUUGACUGCUCCAAGGCUGGCUUUGCUGACAUGGACGUGAAGAUUGCUGGUCCAACUGGCCAUCCCGUCCAACCCCACGUAGAGCGUGUAGGAGACAAGUUCCAUGUCUCUUACGUUCCGCAGGAACCAGGCAAAUACCAGAUCUUCAUCACGUAUGGUGGAGUUGCCCUCGAUGGUAUGCCGAUCGUCCACAUUGUCCAGGGUGGAGAGGAGAAGAUCCAUGCUGAAGGUGUCGGGCUGCAUCAUGCUGUCGAGAAGACGGAAUCCACCUUUGUUGUAGACACACAUCAGGCACGGGGAGACAUGCUUGUGCAAGUUGAUGAAUCGCGCAGUUCUGGUCUGUAUGACGAGGUUGAUUAUGAAAGUCGUAACACGGUGACUAAGACCGUUACCACAACCGAGUAUUUACAGUCCGAGUCGAGUCAGUCAAAUGACCACGACAUCUACAGUGUCGUUAACAAACAAAGAAGCCCGUAUCAGUCGAAUGUGAUCGACAUCCACAAGGUGUCCAUCACUGGCUGGGCAACUAUGAUUGAUGGUCAGAAUCGACUCCCCCUGAUUGUCGAUGAGGAGAAGAGGAUACAUUUCGACACGAAGAAUGCUGGACCAGGUACCCUGUCAAGUAAGGUUGUUGAUCCAAACGGUGUGGUCAUCCAAAGUCGGGUAGAAAACAACUAUCUCGUCUUCACGCCCCGCACCGAGGGUCAACACGAGAUAGACAUCUACUAUGAUAAUCACCGCCUGCCCCGUAUGCCGAUCAUCGGGCUCGCCGUGCAUCAGAGUUUGCCCGUCGAUCAUAGCAAGGUGAUUCUGAUUGGACAGGGAUUGAAGGAGGCACGAGUGCGCGAGGAGAGUCAAUUCACUAUCGAUGGGUCACAGGCAGGUCCAGGUAAACCCCAUGUGCACAUGACCGGUGUGAAGGCAGACGUGGAGGUCAAAAUGACAUCUCUAGGCAACGAUCAAUAUAAAUGCACUUACGUUCCAUUAAUACCUGGUGCUUAUUUGUUGAACAUACAUUGGUCAGAACGGCAAGUUCGAGGGUCACCUUUCAAGGUCACUGUCGGUACAAUGAGCGACGCGGCCAAGGUGAUCUGUACCGGGGAAGGCCUCAAGAUGGGCAUCAUCAGCAAGGAGAUCAAAUCUGUGAUUGACACGAGGCGAGCUGGGCCUGGUGAACUAACUGCUCAUUGCAUGGGGCCGCAUAAAGUUGGCUACUGUGAGUUAUUUGACCAUCGCGAUGGAACGUUUACGCUGAACGUGAAACCGCAGGAGCUAGGACGCCACGUGCUGCAGGUCAAAUAUGGCGGAGAACACGUCCCAGGGAGUCCAUUCGUACUUAAAGUCUCUGGUGCCCCUGAUGCCAGCAAGGUGCGCGUGACUGGCCCUGGUGUCGAGUCUGGCAUAUUGGCCAACUUCAGGAGUCGCUUCAUUUGUGAGACGCGGGGAGCUGGUGCUGGACAACUUACGGUCAGAAUCCGAGGACCAAAAGGUGCUUUUAGAGUCGAAAUGCAACGAGAGAGCCAGAAAGAUCGCACGAUCUUGUGCCGGUACGACCCAACAGAAUGCGGCGAUUACAUCAUCCACGUCAAAUGGUCAGGUGACCACGUCCCAGGCAGUCCAUUCCACAUUCACAUUUUCGACACGCAAGAAGAACUAGAACGAUACUUGGCAGAACACGGUGACGUUCAGCAAAGUUAUAAUUCAAGGGCUUGGAAUGCAGAGAUAUAAACAAUAAAAAUUCAGGACUGUAAACGUGAUUUUUUAAGUACAAAUGUUACAAAAACUGUGGUCCAAGAUAUUUGAAUUUUUACCAAGGAGUCCCAGCACAAGAUAUAGGAUGUGAAAAUGACGAUAAGUCGAACUUUUGUAAAUAGUUAUCUUUUGGUAUAGGAACACGGUGUUGUUUUGUUCGCAAUUUCAUUGUAGACAUUUUCAGGUUAAUUUCGAAUGUAAAUUGGACCCUCAGCUGGUGGAAUCUUUUUAGAAUCUUGCUGAAUUUCUCAGGCUAACUUUUGUUCGUAAAGUAUAUGUACUUAAAUAUGCUGCAGCAGGUAUUGGAGGCUUGUAAGGCUUGAAGUCUGCGCUAUAGCACACAGAUUGGGUCAGCCCAGUUGGGGGAGUGAAUCUGGGUACCUAAAUCUUGGUUUGGUCCCAUGAGUUGGGUUCCAUUGAGGAAAAAAUCUCAUAUUUUUUGCAGAUAGACAGGAAUCUCAUGUUCGGGUGAUGGACAAGUGCAAUCAAUGUUCAUGCAAGUUGGUUUAUUUUUUCAAAAAGAGUUUUGGAGUAGUGUUAUGUAAACAGUUGAGGAUGUCCAUGAAUUUCAUUCCAAGCUUUUCAAGUAUGUUUGAUACAUGUACCAAUGGGUACAUGUACUACAUCGCGUGAAUGUAGCAAUCGUAUCCCUGUCUUGUUGGUCUGUUGUUAUAAAGUCUCAAGUAUAUUAAGUUAUAUUAGGCCUACGUAUCUUAUUUACUAGAACAAUGUGAUAUAGUUUUCUGUAUACAUUCCAAUAUUUGUAGAAAAAACGUUGUUGUUUCUUUUUGGUGUUGUCUGUUAUGUUUAGGAGUUAACAUCUGAUGUUCAAAUAUGUUUUCAUUUCGCAUAUUUCGCUUUGCAUUCCAGUCACUCCAAAAUUAUUUACAAAAAAAACCUUACACAGCUUUACUAUGGAAACACAGGUGCGUUCCAAGUUGCAACUUAACUACAUUUCGUGUGUUCCUAUGUGUACUGUCUGGGCAAUAAAAAUAUAUUCUUUACUCUUUAUUUAUUCUUCUCUCUUUUACUUCGAGCAUAAUACUAAUGGGUGAGUGUGUUUUCUCAAUUUUCAUCUCAGUUUAUGGGUAGGGGAUGGUACAAGUAUGAAAAGUUCUAUGCUAAUUUUAAAAUUUUAUGUAAGACCUUUUUUUGAGAACAAUUAAAGGAAAAAGAUGCUUUGUAUAUACAAAAAAUGUAGUGAUAGAUAGAUGAUAAGUUAAUAACAUUCAAAGGUGUUUUUGGGGCAACUUUUUGAAAAGUUGUUUGUUUAUUCAUAUUUUGUUGUCAUUGUAAAUAGCAGCUUUUUGGAUUUUGAAUUUUCAAAUUUUAUUCUUCGUAUUGUAUACAGGUUGAUGCAAAUGUAAAUAGGUUGUUUAUAGAAAAACUAGCUAAUUAGUUUAUUGGUUGCCAUGGAAAUAGUUUGGUCUAGAAGCGAAUUAUUUAGAAUAAAUUCGAAAAUUUAUAACCUGCCUGGUUGUAGAAUCAACAAAGGUUGAGUACUUAGCCAUUCCAGAUUGGCAAUUCCAAAGUUUAUUUUUGCCGGUGAAACAUUCCUGACAAAAAAUUCAGUGAACUGAUCAGUGUGCGCAGAGCAAAUCUUAUAUGAACUUCAGGGGGAGUCUGCGUGUAGAAAAGUUACUGGUUAAUAAAAUCGGGAACUAAUAGUGAGCUUGUUGUUUCUAAUGAAAUUCAUAACUGAGUCAGAAAUCGAACUAGUUCCAUCUGAGUAAAGGAAAUGAAUGAACCUAGCUUUCUGUAAAAAGUCGAUGUAAUUCCCAUCUAUGCAUUGUCGUAUCCAUCCUAACUCAGUCAAAAACAUUAUGCGACCCAAACUUUAGAUUUUGGGUCACCCUGUAUGACUAAACUGCUGAGACGAGUAAAAAAUGUGACGUUUGCAUCUAGAUGUCGGCAGACGACAGGAAAAUAGAAUUUAACAUUCCUCAUUUGGCAAGGUAGUAAGUGUUUAUAUUGUACCAGUGGUGUGCAUCAAGAAUAUAUACACAAAUGCAAUAUGACAGGUAUUUUGACAUAAUAUUUCUAGAGCAAAGGUUAGUGCAGAUGUUGCAUGUAGCAAAGAAUGUUAUUUCUGAAUGAACUAGUUUGUAUUGUGAAGCGAAUUCUAGACGAAAACCUAUUUUAUCUAUAUCAUCAAAUAGAUUGAAAACCUCAGACCCCAUCUCGUAUACGAACAUGUACAAACAUGCAAAUAGUUUUCAUUGUUAAUCUCUGUUUAAUGCUUAGGAGGGGUAUCCUUAGUUUAGCAGGUUAUAAGGACUAUUUUUGUACUUAAAACUCCGGGAAGACUGAUGGAAAUUCUGAAAAUUGUCAAUUUGCAUCUUUUCCUCAGGAAACUGAAUGAAGGCAAGAAUGGUUUGGGUUGUCUCAGUGUCCAAAUCAUUCCAGCAGUCCCAAGACUGCCAUUGAUAUGGUACUGAGACAACCAGUUUAAGCAACAUCAGUGUCACAGCAAGUGUAACAAGAUUAAACUCGUCCAUGUAGGACAUCAGAAUCACCAUGAGUUUUCCCCAGAGGAACUUUGUUGUGCCUGGUUCCAGUAUGAAUAAUUUUGCAUACUGUUUUACACAUAUCAUUGAAUUAUAUUUCUAGACAUAAUUGACAUUUUAUCGGAAUUGUAUCUAAAAUUCACAAUCGGAAUAAAGUUCAGGUGGCUGAAUGAAGUCAAUGUCUUGUAAUAGUUAUU